AUGCGGUUUUCCACUAUUACCUCCUUAUUUUUGGCCAUUACCGGCGCGCACGCCGCUAGUUCUUUUAUGUCCUAUUGCGAAGCGGAUGCACACACUUAUGACUUUUGGAAUUUCACGCUCAAGGCUCAAUGUUACGACGACUUUUUACACCAGAGAAACCCAGUCAACGCCACUCUUGAUAUUGUGAAUUGUUAUUUCGCCCUUGAUGGCGUACUCGGAUGCGGCGCAGGAGGUAUAUCCGGAUGUUCAUGCGAAAAUGGCUCCAACGGUGCUGGCGAGAUGGAAUGCUAUUGCCCUAACAAUGCAGGGACGCUAGUUAAAAAUGUUGUCAAUCUAAACGAAUGUAUCGGCUACAGCGGGGGCAAUCUUACGUGCUGA